AUGUCUUCUCAGUCUCCUCAUCUCAAGAUCGAGAGAGUCGCAAUAGCCUGUCGAAAUUGUCGAGGGAGGAAAGUCAGAUGUACAAGUUCCACUGCGAUCUUUGACGGUGGCUGGGCUAACAAGCAGUCUGCUACAGGUAGUGGAGGAGACCCGUGCAAAGACUGUCUUAGGCUAAGUAAAGAAUGUGUUUACCCUCCAGCUCAGAAGAGGAAGCGGAAAGUUCGAGACACAGAGGUUAGACGGCAGGCCAAAGGCAGCCAGCCGAUUCGAAAUGAUCCUGCUUCCAAUCCCGAGAGCGCCCACGAUAGAGACUUGGGAGGUUUCGAUGAAGGGGACGAGAUCUUGGAAGUUGAAAAUCCCUGGUUCGUCCUGUCCGGCUGCCAUCCUCAGGAUACAGCUCAGAACUUUAGGUCCCCGACAAAUGAAGGUGACCGUCAAAGGAAUCAAGACAUUGGGGCAAUUUUAUCCCCGCUUCAAUCGACGCGUCCAACAAGAGCUUCAACGCCAGACUCCCAAACCGACGUUCUAAAUGCAGCCCUAGUCGAUAAAGCCGAUGUCUCUUUCAUAGAAGAGUCUGGCUGGGAGUAUUACGAGCCAUGGUCAUGGCGGGCUAUUUGCACAGAUACCGGGUCGCAAUGGAUGCAAAGAUUGACAGGGAGUCAGGACUUUGUGCGUAGCGUAAGGACAUUUAAGGAACACUUGAAUCCAAAGAGCUCGGAAGACAGAUAUCUGACGUUAAUUCCAAAUUACACGGAGCUUGAAGAGGUGCGUGCUUGGGAAUAUGUGAAUGCGUUCUAUGAGAACUGUUGGGAGGCUGACCUUGGUAUUCUGGACCGAACUGAUCUUGAAGUUCACCUGCAAGCACACUUCAAUAAUCGAAGCUCUCAGAAGGAUCCUGCCUGGUUUGCUCUGCGAAAUAUUGUCUUUGCAGCUGGGUAUCGAAGCCUCCUAGCUACUGACCCUGCCGUUUCCUUUGCUGCUGCACAGGUCAAGGCCGGAUACUACUUCAACAAUGCAUUAUCCAUGUUUACAAGGCUCAUACUGCCACCCUCGAGUUUGAUGGCGGUCAGAGCGUUGACACUGAUGGCCUGUUACGUUGAAGGAAUGGGCAGCCCUGCUCUCAAACAUAGUUUGUGUGCCAAUGCUGUUCAUAUCGCUCAGUGCAAGGGGUUAUACCGCCAGCCCGAUAAAGCUUGGGGUAAUUCUGAAAAUGAGACCGCGAAGCGAAAUUGGCUCUGGUGGACAAUUUAUUGUCUUGAAAAACACCUUUCCCUAUGCAGUGGUCGACCAUCUGUUAUCGAUGAUGACAACGUCAGUACUCAUGUUCCCUACGCGAUCCCCAGCGGGAGCAACAUCGAUUUACAAAGCCUCAGCAUCGCAGCAAAGCAUGCAAAACUGCAUUCUCAGAUAUCUCGGCACCUUCUUUCGUUCAAGGCUCUAUCGAUGUCAACGAAGGACCUGAUAGUCGCCGUCAAUCAAUAUCACGACCAGCUCAGUCAGCUUCUGGAAGAUAUGCCUACGCCUUAUCGGAUUGGAACCUUGGCCAGGCCACCAUAUUCUAAUCGCAUGUUGAUCCAGCUUUUGUAUCUGCAUUUUUCCAUCUACGGGAGCUUGAUGGCGGUUCAUGCCCAUUUCUUCUACCCCUGGAUGAUUUCCAGACAUACUACGGACGUUCAGAAUGACGCCCUUGAAGCACAAAUAGCCUCCUCGGCUGCGACAGUGGCUGAUGCAGCACGCAAGAUCAUUCUCGCUCUUAGACUGGUCAAUUCGAACAUCACCACGCCUUCUUGGUUGACAUUCUACUAUCCAAUAUACGCAGUCAUCAACUUGUUCAUCUUCCUUGUGAAGAACCCCUCAUUGCCGUCCGCAAUGUCAGACCUCGGACUGCUCGAUGUCUGCGCUGGACAUUUCGGAUUUAUUGAAUUUCUGACUGCAUCCCGAGUUUCCAUCUCUCUACCACGAGACGCUGCGAGCGCCGCAUCAAGAAUAGUUCGAUUGGCAAAAACAACUGAAUCAGGGCGCGCGCCUGCAGCAGACGCGACAGCGCAGAUUCAUUUCGGGCACGACUAUCAGCUUGAACCUGCUGACAUUGGCAGUGCCGGCUUUGGCAGUCUCGAGCAGGACGCCAUGGACUUCAAUGAUUUGAACAACUUUGUGGACCUGGAUUCAGGCGCCUGGAACCUACUCUCCUCAUUUGACAUGCUUGGCUCACAAAGCCAGCAUGCGAAUGCAAUUACCUAG